AAAUACCCACCCCCAACAAAAAACAAACAAAACUGCUUCAUGAAGCAGGAGCAGCUCUUUACAAAAGUAGUUGCAAAAAUAUUUCGCUCAGAUGUUAACUAAGGUAAAUACGCACCUCGAGGUACUUAUUUCUAACAUAUUUUCUGUCCCAUUACCAACACCAUCCACUUCACAUAACUAUACAUAGGUCAGACUUCGAACAGUUUAAAUUGCUGAUUAAACCGAACGAAAGCCUGGAAUAACGAAACCACUUGAAACUAGAAACGUAUAUAAAGGAAUCACCAAAAAAGAAAUAAAUAUGUUGCUAUCAUUACAGCGAAGUACUGUAAUAUUUUGGAAGAGGUUGGUGUGUCCGAAAAUGAUCCGUUCCUUCCAUGGGGUUCGGUCACUGUCUUCUUUGAAGGAGUUUACUGUUCAAGAGUCUCUGCCGUCCCUUCCAGUUCCACCUUUGGAACAGACUCUCCAUAAAUAUGAACAGUCAAUUCAACCCCUUCUUGGGGAAGAAGAACUUCAACACACACACAAGGUUAUAGAAGAGUUUAAAAAAGGUAUUGGACCUAAACUUCAAGAACUAUUGUUAGAAAGAGCAAAAUCAGCUGAAAAUUGGCUUUCACAGUGGUGGUUACAUUAUGGCUACUUAAGUGUUAGGUCCCCAGUGGUUAUCAAUUCUAAUCCAGGGAUGCUUUUGCCAUUGCAGAAAUUUGAAGGAGAAAAAGAACAAUUGAAGUUUGCUGCAAAAAUCAUAUCUGGAAUUCUGGAUUACAAGAUCAUGUUAGAUGAAAAAAGACUUCCUUUGGAUAAAGUUGGACAACAGCCCCUAUGUAUGCAGCAGUACAAUAAUGUUUUCAGUGGCUGUCGUAUUCCAGGUGUAAACACUGACUUUUGGAAAAAAUUCUCUGAUUCAAAGCCUCAACAUAUUAUUGUUAUAUCUAAUAACCAUUUAUUUUCCCUGCAAGUAUUUGGCAAGAAAAACAAACCUCUGAAUGCUGAGCAAAUAUACAAACAACUGAAGACUAUCAAGUCUGAAUCAAAGCAUCCUACUUCACCUGUUGGAAUUUUAACUUCAGAAAAUCGAAAUGCAUGGGCCAAAAUCCAUAAAAAAUUGAUGAAAGAUAAAAAGAACCAAGCUUCUUUACAGUCUAUUCAAAAUAGUCUUUUUGUGUUAUGUUUGGAUAAACCUAUGCCAUUGAUACAAGAUCCUGUCGCAAAAAUGUCUAUGGCUGGUGGAAUGAUGCUUCAUGGAGGAGGAAGUGAAAUGAAUACUGGAAACCGAUGGUUUGAUAAAACCUUACAGAUAAUCAUUGGCCAUGAUGGAGUUAGUGGUUUAAAUUAUGAACAUACAUCAGCGGAAGGCGUUGUUCUUGUGUCGCUUAUAGAUCAUGCCCUUGAUUUCUGCUUGCAAAAAAAAAAUAUUGUGCUUCCUGCUGCAGGAGUUCAAGAGCCUGUUAAAUUGAAAUUUAAUAUUGGGCAUGAUAUCCAGUCAGCCAUUGAAACUGCUAAAGAAAAUAUCGAUUCCCUGAUAGAUGAUGUUGAUUUGACCAUCACAGAUUACACAAGGUUUGGUAAAGAUUUUGCAAAAUCUAUGAAGCUAAGUCCAGAUGCACUUGUUCAGAUAGCAUUGCAAUUAGCUUAUUAUCGGGUAUAUUCUGAACCAUGUGCCACAUAUGAAAGUGGAUCAACACGUCGUUUCAAAUUGGGUCGAACUGACACAAUACGCUCCUGUACUGUUCCUUCCUACUUGUUCACUCGUGCCAUGGAUGACACUGGGGUGCCAGUCAAUGAAAAGCUACAGUUCCUCCAUCAAGCUAUUCAAACUCACAAAAACCUUAUAAAUGAUGCUAUAAGUGGUCAAGCAAUUGACAGACAUCUUCUUGGAUUAAAGCUUAUAGCUAUUGAGAAAGGAAUGAACAUACCAAAUCUGUUCAUGGACACUGCUUAUGCAACAAGUGUGCAUCACAAGAUCUCAAGUAGCCAGGUUUCAAGUAAAUAUAACUGUUCUAUGAACUUUGGUCCUACAGCACCAGAUGGCUUUGGUAUAUGCUAUAACUGCCAAAAAUCUCAUAUUCUAAUUGCUGUGUCAGCACUCAAUACAAGUCCAGAUACAUGUUCAAAGAAAAUGACAAAUUCAAUCCAUCAGAGCCUUACUGACAUAUAUCACCUUUUACAACAAGAACCUCCUGUCUCUAAACUUUGAACUACAGCGAACAAGAAUCCUAAGCAGUAAAAAUUGUCAAUUACUUCAAAGAUAAAAAAAGCAAAAUCAAUUUUUACAUCUAUCAUUAGUGAAGAUAUUGUAGAACACACACAGUAUAUAAUUUCACUUAGACAAUAUCUAGGUAUUCAACAUUAACGAUUCUAUGAAUAUAUUUUGGAAUACGUUAUCUCUUGAGAUAAGUAAUAAAUAUUAGUGUUAGAUCUAUUCUAAAACUCCUAUUAGAGAACUUAAACACUAGUAAAUCAAAAUGACUUUUCUGUUUAAUGUAAUUUCAAUAUAAGAUAAUAAGAUCAAAUAUUUAUCACUCUAUUAGUUUCAAGAGAAUUCUUUACUCGUAGAAAUUAGUGCCUUUUAGCCAGAACUACAUAUUAUCAGUAGUUGGCUAUAAACAUGUCCACUUUUAUUAUUUCAAGUAAUAACACUAAUUGGUGAGUACCACAAAGUAGACAAAUGCUUCCAGCAGCAAGCCUGACUUCUAAUUUAGUUUCAGUUAUCUGCUUCAAGCUAUUUUAAUGCAUUUAUACUGUUACUGGGUUUAAGAAAGCCUGAACACUCAAAGUAGUCAUAUUCUCUUUUUAUCAAACAAAUACAACUCACAAAUAAAAUGUUAUCAAUAACUCCAGAUUGAAAACAGAAAGCUUCUUUCUACACCUCUCACCACUUUUAAAAGAUAAUUUGCCAUUUUACUGUAAUGGGUUUUUAAAAAAAAUCUUAUUUCCAUCAAUACCCUGAGAUAACACUUAGUAUUUGUUUUCCUUCUAAAUAAACUCCAAAUGGUUCCUCAAAAUGUAAUUCCAUGAGAAUUUCCAUAGCAAAAAAGUAUGUGUGUACACCUACUUAUACGCACAAGACUGGUCUUAGUAAGAAUUGUCUUAGUAACUGACAUUUCUCUUAGAUAUUUAUUCCUUCAUUAGACUAAUAGCAAUGUUAUAUUUGUUUCAUUAUUCUCUGAAAAACCAGAGGUUUUAAAUCUGAGUGUUUACCAUUAUUUUUUAAUGCAUUUUACACUUAAUGUCAGAUAAGGCCGUUUGCCCAGUUAUUAUUCAGAAAUAGGUAAAUUAAAUCAACAUUAAAGCAACAAUAAGACUAACUAAGAUAAAGUUAGUUUCAAUGCUAAAAAAAAUCUGCCAUUUAACUAAUUGGAAAUUCAGACCAAUAUUAAUUGUAAAAAUCUGCUUGUUUUUUUUCAAUAUUUCAUUUCAUUUCAUCAUUUCAUUUGGCAGUGCCAAACAAGGCAUUGGGUUCCAGCAUCAAAGAAAAGAUGAAUACUACACAAUAAGUGAAAGAAAAAAAUUUUCCAUUUACUUUUAUUUAAGACAUUCAGAUUCUCCUUUGCAUACAUUUGGUGAAGAAACAAUUCAGUUUUCUUCAAUUUCAUAAUUUAUAUUAAAUGGAAUUAAAUAACCAUAUAAGGUUCUUUCUCAUCAAAAAAAAAAAAAAAAAGUCCCAUAUUUUCCUUUAUUUACUACAAAAAAAAUUUUUCCACCUGAAGAGUUGAAGAAUAAAAGAAUUAAAGAAAAAAAAACAACUACUUAUUGGUUGAUAUGUGUUCCUGUAUUUCUUGAGCAUUGGAUGACCCAAAAUAUUGAUUUCAUUUCAUGAAAUGCAAUAUAUAUACCAUACACACACAUACAUAUAUAUACAUAUAUAUAUAUAUACACACACACACACACACAUAUAAUUCUCUUUUGUUGGUGCUGAAAUAGGUGUUAAAAGGCAGCUAAUGUCCUAGAAAAAAUAUAAACUUCAUCUGUUCUGUGAUAUCUCAAAGAAAACAAAAAUCUUUGAAGAAAAGAAAAAAAAUUUAACUGAAUUCUUGAUUUUGACUUUGUUUUUUUUUUUUGUGGUGGGGGGGAAGAAACUCAAUAUAAUCAAAAUAUAUUUACCCUUAAACUUGUUUUAAAUUUUGUUGUUGAUAAACUUUUUUUUAAAAUGUAAAAUCAAAUGAAUAAAUUUUAACAUGUUACUGAUAUUGUUUAUUAUUUCAUGUGUUACUGAGUAGUAAAUAAAUGAUUUGUUAUAUUUUUUAAGGCCAUGAAAUUGGUUGCAGUUGAAGCAAAUUAAAAAUUAAUAUCUUUAUUAUUUACAUAUUUAUAUUAUGUUAUUUAUAUCCAUAUAUAAUACAUGUUUUGAGCAAGUGCUUGGGUGAGGGGUGUACUGAUAAAACAGAUUGAUCCUUUACAUAAAUGGUAGAUUUGAUAGAGGGGAACCUAACUUAAAAUGCUGUUACAUCAUUAAACUAUACAAUUAAAAAGAAUGGUAAAAAUGGAUAAGAUAGUAUUCUUAGAGGAACUUUUGCUGUAUAAAUCUUAAAUUAUCCAAUUUAAAGAAGGUUCUGGAUGAAAGAUAAAAUGGAAAGAAAAGCAAACCAAGGCUUUUGAAAUCUAAGUUAUCUUUUAAUUAUUAGAAUUGAAACUCAUAGAUUUAAUGAGUAUUGUAUGUCAUCAAUUUAGAUACUUUGUUGUUCAGCCUCAACACACAACCCAAAUUAAAAGGGGGGAAACUUGAUAUAAAGAGACUAGCCAUGAAUACAUAUAAACCAGCUGUUCUAAUCUAACCAGCUAAUGACCAUAAGAUAUCACAUGCUAAUUAGGAAGAAAUGUAUCAUGUUGCCAGUACAGCUAUAAUGAAAUUAAAUAUUGCCUGUAUUAAUGUAGGGAAAAGUAAAAUAAUAAGUAUUAUAGCUAAGUACAGACUCCUUAUUUUAUUUUUUGUGUAUAGUCGAACUAACCUUAGUAGGCAGCAAAUUUACAGAAUUGUAAGAACAUAGGACAAAAUACUUUGUAGUAAUUGUUCCAGGUAACUCUGAAGUUUAAAUUCUGCAAAGGUCAACUUCGCCUUUCAUCUUGUCAGGGUCACUAAAAUAAAGUAUCAGUCUAGGGUAAUGAGUUAGAGCAUUGAAUGAAAUGAUUUGUAUUAUUUUUUUCAAUUCUUGGAUGUUAAGACUUCAUCCAUUUUUCCAGGCUCUCACCACCUGCUCCUUCUUAACAAGAGUUUAGUUCAGCCCUCAAGUUUGAGGAUAACUUCCUCCUACCAGCCACAUUGGACCUAGGGAUGAGUGGGGUAUUGGGUACUAUCAAAAUUUUAAACUUAAACUGAAUUUAUCCUUUUCUAUAAAUUCCUGCCUUUAUGUUGAGGUUAUUCUAUGAAAAGGGAAUUUAUAAAUUAUUGAAUAAUGUUAAUAAAAUUUUAGCAGGCUAUAUGAUAAAAAUUAACAAAGGGCUGAUGCUCUUUUGGAUGUACAAUACUUAUCACUUCUUUACAACGCUGGGAAGUUUAUUUUUCAGAAAGCAUUUUUAAUUGUAAUUAUUCAGUGUGGCUUCUAUUUACCUAACAUGUCACCCAUCUGAUUACUGAUCUUAUUAAAAAAAAAAAAAUUAUAGAGUGUAAAGUUAUUUCAUGUUCUGUUUGAGAAUCAACUAUAAAAUUU